AUAUUAAUUAACUAUAAUGUAAAUGUUGAAGCAAGAGUUGAAUCAUAUUUUAUUUGAAUUUGAUCACGUUAAUGUAUGCAUACGUGCGUGUAUAUAUGAUUUCUCUACUACAUCGUACGAGUACUAUUGCGUUCGUAAUACAAAUUAUCUAAGAAUUGUGUUAAAGAAAAAAUAAUGUCAUUCGUAUUGAAUGGAUUCCAAUUGGCUGGAUCAAUUUUACGAACGAAUUUAACUGCAAGAGUUAUACCUGUAAGAUUUAUACGUCUUUCGUUUGCACAAUUUGAUGAAGAAAAUAAAGAAAUACCUGCACCUGUGAAGGAAGUACCACCUCAUAAGGAUAGGAGUAAAAUUAUUCCUGUGGAGACUAGUAUAAGAUACAUGCAAAGUGAUGCUUAUAAACAAACUUAUGGAAAUGAUCCUGUUUGGAAAUUGUAUAGACGAAAUCAUAAAGGUGGUAUUCCACCACAAAAAACACGAAAAACUUGUAUUAGAAAAUCUGUAAUCUCUGCUGGUAAUCCAUGUCCAAUAUGCAGGGAUGAAUACCUAGUGGUUGAUUUUGUUAAUGUAAAUUUAUUAAAACAAUUUAUAUCCGAUUAUAACGGAGAAAUCUUAAGUUAUAAAAAAACUGGUCUUUGUCAAAUGUCUCAUAAGAAAUUGCUUGUUGCUAUAUUGAAAGCGAGAGAAUAUGGUUUACUUACAUUUGAUAUUCCAUUUAAAUAUUAUGAUUAUUCAGAGUGGAAAAGUGCUUAAAUUAAAAACCA